UACCGACCGCUGCGAAACGCGGGGCUUGGGUACGGUGGUCACUCUGCUUCAGAGAUAAAUUAGUUCCCUAAGUUGGCCGCCAUUAGGGGCGAGUGUUUGAGCCGCCUGUAUGCUUCACCGAGGGCAGCACAAGCUAUCGCGCACCUUGCCCGCAACAACCUCCCAACUCAUCUCUGUCUGCUUUGCUUUGUUUUAACGUUUCCCAAGAUACGUCCGUCGUAGUGUCGUCAGUAUUCGAUAAUUCAUCCGAGCUCAUUCGUAUCUAUUGUAAUGAAAGUGAUCCCACGUAUUUUCUGGGAAAACAAGCCUCAAGUCACGUUUGACCUCACGAGAAUACCGUUCUAGUUACGUCGGAAUUGAUCGGUUGUUUACAUAGAAGACGUUCGUUGAAUAACCUCUUCAAACGGAAUUAUGGCCCAGGAAGUAGAGGAAACAAUGAAACGCAUUCAAUCUCACAAAGGAGUAGUUGGGACUAUAAUUGUUAAUGCCGAAGGUAUCCCAAUAAAAUCUACCUUGGAUAAUACAACAACUGUGCAGUAUGCUGGAUUGAUAAGUCAACUGUCCGACAAGGCUCGUUCAGUCGUUCGAGAUUUGGAUCCAACAAAUGAUUUGACAUUUUUACGUAUACGAAGCAAGAAGCAUGAAGUUAUGGUAGCACCCGAUAAAGAGUUUAUUCUUAUUGUCGUGCAAAAUCCAGUGGAUUAACAUGUAUGUAAUUAUAGUUUUAUGCUUUAUAAUAAUUUAUUAAUAAAUCAUCGUAUGGAGAACUUAUUAAUAAGCCUAAAAACUUACGAAAUUUGUUGAUAAAAAUUAUAUGUGUAGUCAUAAAUA